UUAUCAUUCUGCAGAAAGAAAACCUGAAAAGCAUGGACAGAAAGAACAAGCUGAUGAUUUUCUCUCUGCUUUUGGCAGGCAUAUGCAGCCCUGUGUUUAGUGGAGAAUGGAGAGCCCACGUGGUAAAAACCCUUGAUGCCCUGGUUUCAUCCUGUGUUGUGGUUCCCUGUUCGUUCACUUAUCCUGGAGGAAACCUGCCCAGCUCCAGUGUCAGAGGAAUCUGGCAUCGUCGUGAUAAACGAGAUGAAUACAUCUAUCACAAUAAUCACACUAGGGUCUUGGAUAACUUUAAGGGCCGCACACAGAUGUUGGGACAUCUGGGUCAGGACAACUGCACCUUAGAAAUAGUUGACAUUAGAGAUCACGACAACGGCCCUUUCUGUUUCCGGAUUGAACGCAUACGAACAGAGGAUAAUAAACCCACCAAAGACAAGUUCUCCUUUGUUGAGGAGUGUGUCGAGUUCAACAUGCUCCCUGAUGCUCCAGCUCCUACACUGAAUCAUCCACCGACGGCCAUCGAGGGGCAGCCGUACACCGUCACCUGCUCCAUCAUCCAUACCUGCCCCUCCCACUGGCCUGAACUCUCAUGGACUGGGAGAAUUGGAGAAAUCAGAGAGGAUCAUAAGGACAUUCGCUCUGGCAACUGGGAGACACAGUCUAUCUUAACAUUUGUUCCUGAGGAGAAGGAUGACCACAGCGAGAUCACCUGCACGGCUGAGUUUUUUGGACGGAAGACGUCCUCCAAAACUUUUCAACUGUAUAUAAAACGUACAGAAAACUACAAUCACAUCAUCAUUCCUACUGUAGUGGCCAUUGGUACGGCUGUGAUCGUUGGACUUCUCUGCAUUUUCAUGCCAACAAAAAAUACAAUGUCUACACUCUCAGAUGAAUACAGCCAACCUCCAGUGAUAUCAUCAUCAGCAGCCUCCUCACCAACCCCCUCAACAGAAGCUGUUCAAUGUACCCCAACAGACGCAGAAGCUGAAGGCAAGAAGUGAAAACGACUGUCAUCAAAAUAUGGAAUCAAAGGAGGAAGGAGAAGGACACCGAAAGCAUAAAUGUUCCAGUGAAUGAAAUGAAGUAAACAGGCAAAUCACAGAGGAAAGAAUCCAUUUGUUUGGCAGGCUUGUUUUAUUUUUCUGCUUUUAUUCAUUUACCAUUUUCAGAGUGAAGAAAUCAUCCAAAUAACAGCUGAUAAAAUGUUUUCUGUUUUUGAAUAUCAUAGCCAGUAAUAACAGGAUGCGCUGCCUUUUGUGAAUGCUUGAUUUCUGUGAAUCAUGUUAACCAAACAUAAACCUUUUGCAAAAAAAAAAAAAAAAAAAUGCUUCGAUCACAUCAUUUAAUAAAAAACAACUAACAGUGUUGUCUGAACGGAUGUAUCUGUCAUGUAAAUGCAUAUUCAAACAUUAAAUGUUCAUAUACGCUUAAACUGUAGUGA